AAUCUUCAGUAUUCCUCAGAGUGAAAAAAAAAUCAGUGAGGCCACCUUAAAAUAUUGUGUGUGUAUUUGACUUUCUUCUUUCCUUCUUCCCCCUCUCUAACAUCCCGCUUCUUCAGAUCCCUUUCUGUUGUCGUCUGUCUUUCAAAAAAAGAUUUUCAAGUUCAAAAUCCUUCACAUAUUUUAUACAAAAAUCAAGACUCCCUUUUGGGUGUUUUUGUUUUGAAAGCCAGGUGAUCCAGAACAGAGAUCCAGGUUCUCUUUUUUAAUUGUUUUCUUUGUCCAAGCAACCAGUAGGGUCUGUUUUUGAAUCCCUCAGGUUGGUUUUUGGUUCUUGAUUUUAACACAAAUCACUUUAUAGAAAGUUUAUUACCUCUUUUUUGUUGUAAAAAUUUCUACCUGUUCUGUAGUUUUGACAUAAGAAACAGGUGAUUUAGCUUACUUUUUGUGAAUUAUUGGUUUUCCUUUUUUUGUGUGUGUUUUGAUAAUUAACCAUGGCAGCAGCUAUAGACAUAUACAGCAGCAGUAGCGGUAGCAGUAACAGCGGUUCAGUUUUAUCAGAUCCUUUAACAGAAGAACUUAUGAAAGCACUUGAACCUUUUAUGAAAGGUGUUUCAUCUUCUUCUUCUUCUUCUUCUUAUCCUUCUUCUCCAUCUCCAUCUUCUUCUUCACCUUCAACUUCAUCUUCUUCUUUCUAUCCUUUUGGUGAGCCCAAUUUGUACACUGAUUUCUGCACAAUCCCAUCAACGACUACCCAAAUGUUUUCUCAAGGGUAUUCGUGUUUUAACCAUAUGGGUGUAGCUGAAACAGGUUCAAUUGGGCUUAACCAUCUUACCCCUUCUCAGAUCUUGCAAAUCCAAGCUCAGAUCCAAUUCCAGAACCAACAGCAACAACUACUAUUACAAUUACAACAACAGCAACAGAGCUUAGGUUUGUUAACACCCAAUUCCACAUAUCCUAAGAAUUUGAAUUCUACAAACUAUCUUGGUCUGAAACCAGUUCCGAUGAAGCAAACUGGUGGUGCUUCACAGAAAUCCACUAAGCUUUAUCGUGGAGUGAGACAACGCCAUUGGGGCAAAUGGGUUGCUGAAAUUAGACUUCCUAAGAACAGAACCAGGCUUUGGCUAGGCACUUUUGAUACAGCUGAAGAAGCUGCUUUGGCUUAUGACAAAGCUGCUUAUAAGCUAAGAGGAGAGUUUGCUAGACUUAAUUUUCCGCAUCUAAGGCAUCAAUUGAACAAUGAAUUAUCCGAUUUCAAGCCUUUGCAUUCCUCCGUUGAUGCUAAACUUCAAGCCAUUUGCCAAAGCUUGGCCAAUCCCAAAUCAGGUGACUUGUGUUCUAAAUCUAAUUCCAAGCCAAGAAAGUCUAAUAAAACCGCAGCAGCAGCUUUAGUGGAUUCAGGUUCAUCUCAAGAUUGUACAUCGAAGUCCGAAAUCACCAUAGAUGAUUCAUUGAAAGGAGAAUUCAGCUAUCCAAAGAAUGCUACCGUCAAGAUUGAAGCCUCAUCAUCAUCAUCCCCUGCACCAUCUGUGGAAUCAUCAUCUUCGCCUGAGUCUGAUAUUACUUUCUUGGAUUUCGCUGAGCCAUCGUUCGAUGAAUCAGAAAACUUCUUUUUACCCAAGUACCCCUCAGUCGAGAUUGAUUGGGCAGCUCUUUGAAAAUUUGUAGUAUUUACUUUUUUUGUAAUGUUGUAAUCUUUAGGUUUUUAUAUAUUAUGUAUGAUGUCAGGUAUGGCCUCCUGCAAUGGUGUUUUUGACAUUUGCAGAGGUCGGUCUAGUAGUUAAUGGAGUCAUCUAGAGAGUCAUGUGAGUGUGUAAUAGUAGUAGUGUCACUCCAUCUUGUUCAUGCUGUGGUUUUUGUAUAUGCAUGAACCAAAAGGGAGUCUUUGUAUGCGUCUUGUUGGUUUCUUAGCUUUAAUAUAAUUAUAUCUAAUGUUUAGUA